GUCGAGCACCGAGGAGCUACUUCCUUUGGUGACGUCACCCUCUACAUGCUGUUGAGUUGGAUCGCAAAAUUAAAGUCAGGCAGAUAAAUAGGCCACUUUCUCGUGAAAAUGGGGAUUCUCGAGAAAAUAGCAGAGAUUGAAAAAGAAAUUUCGCGCACCCAGAAAAACAAAGCCACCGAAUAUCACCUGGGUUUGCUGAAAGCAAAGCUUGCAAAGUAUAGAGCCCAACUACUGGAACCGUCGAAAUCUGCUGGCGCCAAGGGGGAGGGCUUCGAUGUGAUGAAAUCUGGUGAUGCCAGGGUAGCCCUUAUAGGAUUUCCAUCUGUGGGUAAGUCCACAUUUCUCAGUCUGAUGACUUCGACAGAGAGCGAGGCUGCCUCUUACGAAUUCACAACGCUGACGUGUAUCCCUGGAGUUAUUGAGUAUAAAGGAGCAAACAUUCAGCUUCUAGAUUUACCUGGAAUCAUUGAAGGUGCAGCCCAAGGAAAAGGCAGAGGAAGGCAAGUCAUAGCUGUGGCCAGAACAGCAGAUGUUGUCAUUAUGAUGCUGGACGCAACAAAGGGGGAUGUCCAGAGGGCACUGCUGGAAAAAGAACUGGAAUCAGUAGGGAUCAGGCUUAACCGGUUGAAACCAAACAUCUACUUUAAGCAAAAGAAAGGUGGAGGACUGUCCUACAAUUCAACUGUCCCUUUGACGCACUGCUCUGAGAAAUUGGUGCAGCUCAUUCUGCAUGAGUAUAAAAUCUUCAAUGCCGAGGUUUUAUUUCGGGAGGACAGCACACCGGACGAAUUUAUCGAUGUCAUCGUUGGAAACAGAGUCUACAUGCCCUGUUUAUAUGUGUACAACAAAGUGGACCAGAUCUCCAUGGAGGAGGUUGACCGUUUAGCCCGAAAGGCCAACAGCGUGGUCGUCAGCUGUGGCAUGAAGCUGAACCUGGAUUACCUUCUUGAGCAGCUGUGGGAGUACCUAGCCUUGAUCUGCAUAUACACCAAGAAGAGAGGGGAGCGGCCAGAUUUCACAGAUGCAAUUAUCAUGCGGAGGGGAGCCACCGUGGAACAUGUGUGUCACCGAAUUCACAGAACGUUAGCGAGUCAAUUCAAGUAUGCCUUGGUGUGGGGCACCAGCACAAAGUACAGCCCUCAGAGGGUGGGCCUGACCCAUGUUAUGGAGCACGAAGACGUCAUCCAGGUCGUGAAGAAAUAAAAUGACUGUCGGGCAGCUUGGCUGCCUCUGCUUGGAAGCAGAGAGCAAUGGAGAAUCAGAGUAAAGCAGAUUUUGCCAAAAAAAAAAAUUGGUUUUUAUUUUGUGUACGACAGCACGAGCAGUCUGCAGGGGACCGAAAAGCUUUGUGUUUUGUGUGGACGUAUGAGAUCCAUUUUAAAUGACAAAUAAAAAAACAAUAGAUAUAAUCCA